AUGGCUAGACCGAAGACCACCGUUGCGCCCUCUUCCCCGCCGUCCCCAGCGCUGACACACGCUGUACAGUCCUUAUGGAAGGCGUACAAUGAGACAACCUCCUCUCGUCUCAAACUCAUCGACGCUUUCCUCCUGUUUCUCAUGCUCACUGGCGUCAUACAAUUCGUCUACUGUGUCCUUGUAACCAACUUUCCCUUCAAUGCUUUCCUCGCUGGCUUCGGCAGUUGCGUCGGACAGUUCGUGUUGACAGCGUCCUUGCGAGCGCAAGUCGACCCUGCAAGUAGAACGGAAUUCAAAGAAGUUUCCCCAGAGCGAGCGUUCGCAGAUUUCGCCCUUGGCUCCAUCGUCCUGCAUUUCUUCGUCUACAAUUUCCUCGGAUAA